UCAAUCCUCUGCUCUAUUAUUAUACACACUGGAAACACCACUCAUCAAUCAAGCUUUGUCCAUGGCGUCUCCCGAAUUGAAAAGAAUUCCUAGCAUGAGGGAAAGGGUAGAGGAUACCCUUUCCGAUCACCGCAACGAGCUCGUCUCUCUUCUUUCCAGAUAUGUCGCCCAGGGUAAGGGUUUGCUGCAACCUCACAGCCUCGUCGAUGAGCUCGACAACAUGGUCGCCGAAGAUUCCUCCAAGAAGAAGCUCAGCGAAGGUCCCUUCGGUGAAGUUCUCAAGUCCGCUCAGGAAGCUAUAAUCUUGCCGCCUUUUGUGGCCAUCGCUCUAAGGCCCAGGCCGGGUGUUUGGGAAUAUGUUCGUGUUAAUGUCUCUGAACUAAACGUCGAUCAGUUGACUGUAUCUGAGUACUUACAGUUCAAGGAACAGCUUGUAAAUGGACAUGACAGCAAUCCAUUUGUGCUUGAACUUGAUUUUGAACCAUUCAAUGCAACUUUUCCACGUCCAUCGAGAUCUUCAUCCAUUGGAAAUGGUGUUUUAUUCCUCAACCGUCACUUGUCUUCAAAAAUGUUCCGAAACAGAGAUUGUUUGGCGCCAUUGUUGGAUUUCCUAAGAGCUCAUAGAUACAAAGGCCAUGUACUGAUGUUGAAUGAUAGGAUAUCUAGCAUAACUAGACUUGAGUCUGCAUUGGCAAAAGCAGAGGAUUAUCUUUCAAAGCUACCAAACGACAUGCCCUUUUCUAAUUUUGAACAUGAUAUGCAAGCACUUGGAUUUGAAAAGGGGUGGGGAGACAAUGCUAAACGUGUUCUUGAGAUGAUGCAUCUCCUGUCAGACAUUCUUCAAGCUCCAGAUCCAUCCGUCUUGGAAAAGUUUCUUGGAAGAAUUCCAAUGGUGUUUAAUGUCGUGAUCCUCUCCAUUCAUGGCUACUUUGGGCAAGCAAAUGUUUUGGGCUUGCCAGACACUGGCGGACAGAUUGUUUACAUAUUGGACCAAGUGCGAGCUCUCGAGAGUGAAAUGCUUUCGAGGAUUAAGCAGCAGGGACUGGAUAUUACUCCCAGGAUUCUAAUUGUGACACGAUUGAUUCCUGAUGCGAAAGGUACCUCGUGUAACCAAAGGCUUGAAAGAGUUAGUGGAACAGAAUAUUCGCAUAUUUUACGAGUACCCUUCAGAACCGAGCAUGGUAUUCUCCGUAAAUGGAUCUCCAGAUUCGAUGUGUGGCCUUAUCUCGAGACUUAUGCAGAGGACGCUUCGAGUGAAAUUGCUGCAGAAUUACAUGGUGUGCCCGAUUUGAUUAUAGGAAAUUACAGUGAUGGAAAUCUUGUGGCAUCUCUGAUGGCUCAUAAGAUGGGAGUCACUCAGUGCACGAUUGCUCAUGCUUUGGAGAAAACAAAGUACCCAGAAUCCGACACGUAUUGGAAGAAAUACGAAGAAAAGUAUCAUUUCUCGUGUCAAUUUACUGCUGACCUCUUAGCAAUGAACAGUUCUGAUUUUAUCAUCACAAGCACGUAUCAAGAGAUCGCCGGGUCGAAACACACAGUUGGUCAGUACGAGAGCCACACAGCAUUCACCCUUCCAGGCCUGUAUCGGGUUGUUCAUGGUAUCGAUGUUUUUGAUCCCAAGUUCAACAUUGUGUCGCCCGGAGCUGAUAUGACUGUUUACUUCCCCUAUUCCCAGACUGAAAAAAGACUAUCAUCCUUGCAUGCUUCAAUUGAAAAGCUUCUGUUUGAUCCAACCCAAAAUGAAGAACACAUUGGGAAGUUGAGCGAUGAAUCGAAGCCUAUUAUUUUCUCUAUGGCGAGGCUUGAUCGAGUCAAAAACAUAACCGGGCUGGUGGAAUGCUAUGCAAAGAAUGCGAGGCUAAGAGAGUUAGUUAACCUCGUUGUGGUAGCAGGUUAUAACGAUGUUAGCAAGUCAAGCGAUAGAGAAGAGAUUGAAGAGAUCGAGAAAAUGCACGCCCUCAUCAAGGAACACAAUUUGCAGGGUGAGUUCAGAUGGAUAGCUUCUCAGACGAACCGCACACAAAAUGGUGAGCUUUAUCGAUACAUAGCCGAUAAGAAAGGUGUUUUUGUUCAGCCUGCAUUUUACGAAGCCUUUGGGCUUACUGUUGUGGAGGCAAUGAACUGUGGACUUCCAACUUUUGCAACUUGUCAUGGUGGUCCGGCAGAGAUUAUUGAAGACGGGGUUUCAGGAUUUCACAUCGAUCCUUACCAUCCUGAAAAAGUUUCAACACUCUUAGUGAAUUUCUUCGAAAGAUGCAAUGAGGAACCUGCUUAUUGGGAAGAAAUCUCUAAAGCUGGGCUAGAAAGGAUCUAUGAGAGUUAUACAUGGAAGAUUUACUCGGAAAGGUUAAUGACUUUGGCUGGAGUUUAUGGGUUCUGGAAACACGUCUCGAAACUGGAUAGGCGCGAGACUCAGCGUUAUCUGGAGAUGUUUUACAUUCUCAAGUAUCGCGACCUGGUGAAAUCAGUGCCAUUGGCUGUGGAUGAGGGGCAUUAAAAUGGAACUUGUUUUAACUUUGUUGUUGUUUUAGCUAAUAACUUAAAUAAAAAGUUGCUGGAGAUAUAUCUAUGCACAACUUACUACUAUGCUAUGCUAUUCUAAGAAGAAGGAAAAUACAAUGUUGUUUUAAGGGUUUUUUCUUACUGUUAUUUGUGUGUGCAUUUGAAAAUGCUGCUUUGUUUUUCACCUCCUUGAAUAUCAAUCAACAUUUUCAUCU